AUGAGCCAACAGUCAUUUGCCAUGGAGCAAACGUUUAUGACGAUUCAUUCCACGGACCCCAGCGCUGCCAUUCUGUUCGUAUCCGACUCGGUAUUCGACAUACUGGGCUACACCCCUCAAGAGGUGCAGGGGAAGUCAUGCUUCGAUUUCUUUCAUCCUGACGAGGUUCCCUUCGCUCGUUCCAUUCACAGUCGCGGCGUCCUUCUGGACAAGGCCGCCGUACUCCACUAUGUUCGCAUCAUGUCGCGCGACGGCCAGUGGGUGAGCUGCGAGUGUUGCUUCACUGUCGUCCAUGAUGUCCUGGUUGCUUGUACCAGCAUCUAUCGACGAGGUGAAAAGAGCGACAGACGAGCCGCCGAAGCCCCCCAGAUCCGUCGACUUUUCUCGAGCUCUCCUCGAGACCCCCGUUACCACAUGCUGGAGCAUCUCUCACCCAAGUUUCGGAUGCCUGCGGUCGAGCGCGAACCUCGUGCAGCCCUCAUUUUAAACAGAUUCACCCGCACGCUGACAGUCAUGUUUGCGACUAAUGCCGUGUCCUCCAUUCUCGGCGUUCGACCAGACCAAAUCAAGGACAAGAGCUUCUACGAGUGCAUCCAGGAGAAUUGCCUGCCGGAUGCUAUCAGGUGUCUCGAGAGUGCAAAGGCCAACGACUCCAUUGCCUACCUGAGGUUCUGGUACAGAGAUCCGCGCCGACCUGAAGAUUUCGACGAAGAGGAUGACGGAGAGCACAACAGCGGAAACUCGAGUGAUUCCGAUGGUGGCGGUGUUCAACUCGAUGGUCAGCUCGACGGCCACAUGGAUAUUGACGACAAUGAUGACAACGGCAGUGGCCCUCAUAUCAAGCAAGAGGACCAGAGCCGGCCUGACAUGUCAAACCACAGCUCCGCGACGCAUACGGCGACCACAAAUACCUCGGGUUCGAGCAGCGAAUCACAGCCUUCUGCAGCCACUUCGGCUCCGUUUGUUAAUGGCGCGGCAGCUCAGUCAUCCUCCGCUGCGGAGCGCGUAAGAAACCGUCGUCGAGAGCCGCCUCCGCCCUUUGAGCUGGAAGCUGUCGUAUCAUGCACGUCGGACGGACUUGUGGUCGUGAUCCGCAAGGCGCGCCCCCCGAUUCCGGCGCCUCAUGCGCCGCUGGUCGUGCCCACUUAUACCAAUGGCCUUUUUGCCGCACCUUGGGGACAGCAUCCGAUCCGGCCACAAGUUCCGCAGGAGAUGCUCUACACGUUCAGGCCUCCUCUUAUGCCCCAGUACAUGCCUCUGCGCGACAACGUGAUGGCUGGUGGAGGCCCGCCAGUCGAUCACCUCAUGAGCUCCAUCAGAGACGUUGCUGUGUUUGCAUGGGCACUGGUGGGAAUCAAUGGCAAUUUAGCCACGUACACGCGAGGAAUGCCGCGUGAUCAAGCUCAGCCUGACGGGCUGCCUAUCUGGGAUCCGAGUGCUGGAAGUGCCUCGUAUCUUGGACCGGAGAACCAGGCGGUCCGUCGUUGGACGAACUAUGACAAAGAAAAAGGCUUCGGCUCGACGUCAUAUCAACAACCAUACUCUCAUGGUGCCUCGUCGGGCUAUGGCCAUGCCCCCCAAAGUGGCGCGAACAACUACAUUUACUCACAGCCGCCGCCGCCGCCACCGCCCACGUGGCCUGGUCUGCAGCCUGCGUAUACAUCCGCUUUCGACUCGUUCGCAAACAACAACCAUCACCAAGACAAUCAGCAACAUAAUCCACACCAUCAGCACAACCAUGCUCAUCAUAGUCAUCCUGGUUACUAUCAGCCGCAUCAACAUCAUCAAUAUCAACAGCAACAGCAACAACCGCAUGGCUUUGGUCACCAGACACCGCUGCAGGGCGAGUCAUGGGGUGAUACACCACCCGCGUACAACGGCCAAGGACACACCAAUGGGCAUCCCAAUGGACAUCCGAACGGCCAAUCCAACGGACAUUCUAACCUUCGGCCAGGCAAUUCGACUGGAAACAAUGAGUCAUCUCAAGGCUAUCGGUACCCGUGGCAGUAG